AUGUCAAACAGCGUCUAUCCUCCUCGGCAUGUAUACUUUCCUGAAGGUGACCAUGAAACCACCGUGAUAUUUCUGCACGACAGGAAUAGCACUGGACCCGAACUUGCAGACUAUUUCGCAAGAUCAGCGGACACCUCAGGAAAGUCUUUAUACAAUCAUUUUCCAAGCACUCGCUGGGUCUUUCCAUCUGCUCGGGCAGGGCAUUUUUACUGGACGCAGGCGGAUCGUCGGCAGCUGUCCCAAAGCAAGAAGGACAGUAUCACCGAAUGGUUUGAGCUGGGUUCUCUUGAAAACGUACAGCUGGAAUCGCCUGGGCAGCUCACGACCCUACAGGAAAGCGCUACGUACAUAUUACGGAUUAUUGACGAUGAAAUUGCACGUAUCAAACGUGUCGGUGGUAGCUCUCAGAAGAUCUUUUUAGCGGGAAUUGGGCAGGGUGCGGCCUUGGGGCUUGUAGUUCUGUUAUGUACUCAUCAUGAGCUCGGUGGCUUUGUGGGGAUGGAUGGGUGGAUGCCUUUUGCCGAAACUCUGUCGAAUUUGCUAGAGCAGAAUCAGAUUGACGAGGCUGGAGGAUUUAUCAAGUCAAGAUUCAUUGGCGUUGCACAGCAAGCAUACAUCCAGCAGCAGAAACAACAGCAAGCAUGGGCGGCCUACAAUGCUUCCGCGGCUCAUCUCUCACCUCCUAGUGCACAGCCCGCAAACCAGCCUACAGAAACAGAAGUUGUGGCUUCCAAGGUUGUUGUGCCUGCACAUGUCAAGACUAUGGGUAUCAUUUUGGGUCAUUCACAAGGAAGCAGUCAACUGGGCAAGCCUGAGCUGGGGGCUCGGGCUGUUAGCGUCUUGAAGCAGAUAGGGUUUUCUCGGAUUUCAUGGAAGCCAGAGCUGGAACAUCUCGAUGAAGGAGGUGAGGCGAGCGGCCAUGAUAGCACCGCUGUGUUUCCUUUCGGGAACCCAGGGCAAGUGGAGCAGAUCGUCCGCUUUUUCAAGGACCUGGGCCUUGCAGGCUAG